CGGUAAUGUGCGUGACCCUCGUAAAAACCAGUAAGAAUCCCGGAAAAACUCAAAGCUGACCAUCCCCCUGCCAUGUUAUAUGACCCAAAAAACCGGGGUCAAAGCUUAGAUGGAGUUGGAUCGAUGCGCGCAAGACGGAAUAGCUCACGAGGGGUAUGCGAUGUGUAUGUAGCUGCAAGGCGACGGUAGUUGGGCAAGACUCAAUGCCCUGGUCAUUGUUGCAAGCCGAUGUGAUAGUCGACUCCGGCAUAUUGGGUAUACAUGUGAUAACCAAGCUCGCCUUGAAGUUCAACUCCCCGUCCUGAUUCUAGUCCAGUCUUUCGACCUGCAUCUUUCUGCCUCCUCCUACCUUCCAGAACCUCCUCCAGUCUAAGCAAAGUGAUCAUGGCGUCCGCCUUUAGAGAAGACCGAUCUCACUUUGAGGCCAAUAGUCCUACGACCUCUGUACAUGGUGGUCGAGGAGAAGAUGGCGAUGGAACGACAAAUGCGCCGGGGAGGCAGAGUGAUGGAGCCUCCUCAACUGAUCAUGUCCAAGAGAAGGCGGCGGCCGUGGCCCCUCUUACCAAGAAGCAGAAGUUCAAGCGUCAUUGCAGACGGUUUUGGUGGUGGUAUCUAAUAGGAUUGGUUAUUUUCCUAGCCAUAUUUCUACCAAUUCUAUUCUUAGUGAUCGUACCCGCUAUCGUUCAGCGCAUUCUUGACGAUCAAACAAUGCCUAUUAGCGGUGGUCAAUUCAUAGCUGUGUCGCCAACUCAACUCAACGUCUCUAUUAUCACGUCACUCGAUUCGCCUUUACCGGCUAAUAUCGACCCUAUGAUGCUGCUCUUGUACAACGAAAAGACACCUACGUUUUCGCCUUUUGUCAAUGUUACUCUUCCGGAAUUACACGUCAAAGGGACCACAGAACUCAAUAUCAAGAACCAAAUCGUGACAGUAACCAAUGAGACUGAACUCACCUCAUGGUUCGCUAGUGUUUUUGAUCAACCAACCGUCACUCUGUCCACUCGCGGCGAUCCAAAAAUCCAUCUAGGCGCACUGCAUACAAAUGGGCACAUAGACAAGACGGUCACGGUGAACUCGUUAAACAAGCUAGAUGGCUUUACUAUCAAGGAUCUGCAACUUUUAAUGCCAGCCAGAGAUAACGGCACCAAUAUCCAGGGAUUUCUCAAUCUGCCCAAUUGGGGUACUCUCGACCUUGGCAUAGGCAACUUGUCACUUAACUUGAUGUCGGGAGAUCUCAGAAUCGGUCUAAUUACUGUCUACGACGUCUAUCUUCCGCGCGGUAACAAUAUCAGAUUCUUCAACGGCGAGCUAUUUCUCGACACGCUCUUCCAGAACAUCGGUACCGUCCUUUCCUCUCAGGGAGAUGCCCUAAGCGGUGGAAAUAUUCAGAUCAAUGCGACUGGUAACGCUACCGUGGUCAAUGGCCAGCACAUCAGAUUCAUUGAGACAAUCCUCAACAACAGAACCGUGACGUCAACUACAUCGGUCAUCAAGCUAGCAAGCGACCUCAUUGGCAGCUUUACCAACGGCAGUCAAGUUUCCAUACCCGACAUGCUCGAUGAAGUCUUUGGCAAUACCACCUUCAUCCAAGAAGUCCUCGGCCAUUGGAAUGCGACCAAGACUAAUUCCACGGCACCCACAAAGAGGAAUUUAUUAGCGUCGAUUCCAAGGAGCGUAAGGGGUCCAGGGGCUUUGAGCUUAUUUAAACUGGGGAUGAAGAUGAGGAUGGGGAAGUUCUAAUGACAAUGCCCCGCGAGAUACAGUUGAUUUUAACCAACCCAAUGCUGUAAUUAGUAGGGUUAAAUGGUUGGCGACUCAGUACAGUAAUUACCUAGUUAAUGUUUUAACGUUUAAUGAAUGAUACAUGAAGUUAAGAAAAGCAGUAAAGCAUCCAUG